AUGCUACAGGUUCCCGUCGCCGACGUCCCCCAUACGUGUGCCGUAUGCGGGAAGCAGUACCAGCGCACCAGCCAUCUCCGACGCCAUGAACUCACACACGCCGGAGACGCAGGCUUCCGCUGCCCAUUUUGCGACAAGGUGUUUGCUCGACGAGACGUCUGCCGCAAGCACUCACUCCAUUGCCCUCUCAAGGGCGCCAAUGCCGACCCUCCCCUGGCAAAGCGCGGCCAAAAGCCGAGGGCGUGCGAUGCGUGCUUCCGGAGCCGGCUGGCCUGCGACAACGACCUGCCGUGCUCCAGGUGUCUGGGACGGAGCAUCCAGUGCAGCUACGCCCGGCUGAACGCGCCGCCGGCGAGCGACGGGAACGCCAUCGCCGCGCAGGCAACCAUCCAGCGCUCCGCCUUCCCGGCAGUCCCGGCCGCGCCGCGCCGAAGGACGGCCUUCCAGAUCAAGAGCAGCAGCCCCAUCGUGACCAUCGAGAACAGCAACGAUGCCGCGCAGCAGCAGCAACAGCACCCGCAGUACCACCAGCUGCCGACGCCGGUGACGCUCGCCAGCCCCAGCCCGACGGCCACGCAGCGCGCAGACGCGCCCAGGGAGCCCGAAGGCGACGAGAAGAUGGCGGCGGCCUCGUUCCUCCUCAGCCUGACCAACCCGCAGUCCGAGUCCAUGGUGAAAGCACUGAUCCACGAGCCGGGCCGCGACGAGGCGCCCGACGACACGUCCAUGACGGACAGCGGGGUGUGCGGCGCCAACGACGGCAUCGACGCCAGCAGCACCCUCAUCGCGCCCGACGUCGACCUCUCCGACGCCGUCGCCGACGCCGCCCUGCUCACCGGCGCAGGCUUCUUUUCGUGGAGCAUGGGCUCGCAGCCCAUGGACCUUGGGACAGGCUGCGACUACGACUACAACAGCACGCCCGAGGCCGAGUCGCCGUUCGCCGGGAGGGGGGCGUGCUGCUCCAUGGCGCAGCAGGCGGCGUGCGCGGCGGUGGUGGCGGCGUUGGAGGAGACGCGCGGGCGGCUCGUCGGGCGGACCGGGCAGGGAGAAGAACAAGAAGAAGAAGAGGAAGGAGAGGAAGCCUCGUGCGGAAGAGGAGGAGGAGGAGGAGGAGGAGGAGGAGGAACGGGCGGGGGCGGGGGAGGCAGCGGCUACACGCCCGAGCUGGCGGCCGAGGUGCUGGCGCCGGGCAACGUGCGGGCGUUUGUGGCGCGGUACUUUCGCAACGCGCACCUCGACUUCCCGCUGCUGCACCGGGCGUCGUUCGCCAUCGAGACGGCCGCGCCCGAGCUGCUGCUGGCCGUCCUGCUGUGCGGGUCGCUGUACAUGCCCCCGACCGACAGUGCGCUGUCGGCCCGCAGCCUGUUCCACCUCGCCGAGGAGCUGGCGUUUCGGAGGCUGGCCGUCGGCCUGGCGGCCGCUGAGAAGGCGGGCGGCGUUGCGCUUCCGCCGCCGCAGCGGCUGUACGAGACGCUGCAGGCCGCCCUGAUCGUGCAUAGUCUGCAGAGCACCAUGAGGAGCUCGACGGCCCGGAGGCGGAACAGGACCGUCCGGCUGCCUGCUCUAGUUUCUGCCGUUCGCGUGCUCGGGUUGGCCAGGACGAGACACUCUGUGCCGGAUUUGAUGAUGAUGUCGCCCGAGGCGCGCUGGACCGAUUUUGUGCAGGCCGAGACUCGCAUCCGCAUUGCCACCUGGACCCUCUUGGCCGACUGCCAACAGAGCGGAGUGUUUCACUGCCCACAGCUCAUGACCACCCUCGAGAUGACCGGCGAUCUGCCCUGCCUGCCCGAGAUGUGGAACGCCGGGAGUCAUUCAGAACUCGACCGCGCCAUCUUCGCCUGUGGUAGGGAGAGCCUGGUCAGAGGCGCCUCGAUACGCGUGGCUGUGGAAACCUUGAUGGCAGAAAGCUGGGACGGACCCGAAGCAUUCCCCGUCAAGCCUGUGACGCUGCAAGACCUACAAGUGUUUGUAUUCGCCAUCCACAGCACCAUGCGCAACGCCCGCUUCGCCUCCAUCCUCCCCGCCGCCGCCCCCGUCGUGGCCCGCGCCAUCGACCGCUGGCAGGAGCUGUGGGACCUGGCGGCGCGCGAACUGACGGCCGAGGAGCUCAGCCGGCGCGGUCUGGUGCGGCACUCGGGGGAGCUGUGCUGGCUGGCCCGAAUGAUGCUCGACAUGUCCAUGUCCGAGGACGCCGAGAGGUCGUCGGCGUACCUGCAGGGCGUCGCGCACGACUCGCUCGAGGAGCUGCAUUCGUUUCUGAGGAGCUAUUAUACGUUGGGCGAUUGA